AACAAGUUGGUUUAUGGUUCGUUCGUUUUGGUUUUGCUGUCGGACGGUCGUUAUCUACAUUUAAUAAAUUUGUUUUCUAAAUCAGUACCACCUAUUAUGUCCACUGCUAUCUAGUAUAAUAUAUUUUUUAAAGUGGGUGGGUUAGGAACAAAGUGUAUUUACAUCGAUGUAGUGAAUAGUGAUGGUAUUUACUCAGUGAGAGUUUUGAAAAUGGAGGUCUCUAACAACACCGACGCCGUCAACCUUGGCGUUGGUGAAGUAGAAGCAGAAAUUGGCGAAGAAUUAAAACAAUUGGAAGAAGGGAAGGACUUCGAUACUCGAAGUGAAGUGUCAAGCUCCUCAUCAAGCGAGUCGAGCACACCAAGUAUAAGCACAGUUAGUACGAAAUCAAAAGAAAGACGCGCAAAUCGUAAACGAACGAAAUCUGCAAGCCAUUCCCCUAUACAAAGUAAACGAAGAAGUGUGACUAGCUCCAACAACAAAAUAAAAACGUAUGAUUAUAUGACAAAAUUGAAUUACUUAUUUAGAGACACACGUUUUUUCUUGAUAAAGUCAAACAAUGCAGAAAAUAUAACAUUGUCUAAAGCUAAAGGUGUUUGGUCUACUUUACCACAGAAUGAAGCAAAUUUGAAUCAGGCAUACCGAGAAUCCAGAAAUGUUUUAUUAAUAUUUUCAGUCAAAGAAAGUGGUAAGUUUGCAGGUUUCGCCCGACUGGGAAGUGAGUCCCGACGCGAUGUUCCACCAAUAUCUUGGGUCUUGCCACCCGGGCUUUCGGCUAAAGUAUUGGAUGGCGUAUUUAAAGUUGACUGGAUAUGUCGUAAAGAAUUGCCUUUUAGCAGUACUUUGCAUUUAUAUAACCCAUGGAAUGAGGGAAAACCAGUCAAAAUCGGCAGAGAUGGCCAAGAAAUUGAACCUAAAGUUGCAGAGGAGUUAUGCCGUUUGUUUCCAGAAGACGAAGGUAUUGAAAUGACUCCUAUUUUGAGAAAGUCUAAAGAAUCAUCUAAAAAAGGAUAUUUGAAAAGUGGAGGGAGCUACAGAACUUAUCGAGCACCAUUGUCUUCUAGAGGUUCAAACUUUAGAAAUAGAUUGAACGCUGCAUCACGAAGUAGAAGAAAAAUGUUCAUGCCUCCAAGAAAUAGAUUGGGUGGUAAUUCAUACAAAAGAAGAUCUCCAUCUCCUUAUUUGAGGGAUAGGAUUCCAGGGUGGUUUGCUCGAGGUCGAGACGGCUACAGUAGCAGCGGAUCAGCUGCUGCAGAGGCUUAUGUGGCUGAGUAUAUGCGUUCUAUGCAACACCAACUUCCACCAUUGCCAUAUGUACCUCCUCCUGGAUUCAGUGGGGCAUUGUCAUCCUUUGAUGGAUUGCCACCACCACCACCUCCUCCACCACGCUAUUAUGAGAUGGCUGAUUAUCCUCGAUCAGUACUAAUGUAUGAUAAAAGGUCAUAUGAACGAUCUGUUGAUGAGUUUCUGUGGCGUACAUCAGAUCGCUCACAUGAACGAAGUCGUGAUCGUGAUUCACAUAGAUCUUAUCGAGAUCGACGAUAGAACUGUAUAUUUGACCACCGAUGUAUUAAUUAUUUGAUGCUAAUAAAAAAUUGUGUUUUAACUUUGAACUUUAUUGAAUCAUGAAAAGUGUUGUGAUGAACCUUUAUAAACUGUUAGACAUGUGUUUAUUUGGACUAAUCUUAUCAAAGUGAAACUGCAGCAUCAAGUAUGUCAUAAGUCAUGCAUUUCAAGUGACUGACAGAGUGACAGAGUCUAUGCUAUUGUAUUAGGGUGCUGCUUGUGAAACAUGUCAUUCAUGUUACCUGUGUAUUUUAUGCAGUGAUGGAGCAAUUGUUAGAAUUAUUUGUGCAACACAUAAAUGUUGUGUGAUAUCUGUGAUAUAUUUCCACCUAUUUUUACUUUUUAUAAAAUUUAAAUUAUACACAAAGUUAGACCAAAGAAGAAAUAGAUCCCAAAAUUAAUUUUAUAA